AACCGGUUCUUCGAUUGCGACCUUUCGUGAAGAUCGACGCGGAAAAUGGCCACGGCGAUGGAAGUGCAGGAGGACAGUCUAGGCGAACCUGAUGUGAAGGUCAUUCUGCUCGGUGAUUCGGCCGUCGGCAAGUCCAAACUGGUCGAGCGCUUUAUGAUGAACGAGUACCAGCCGCGACAGCUGUCAACAUUUGCGUUGACGCUGUUCCGGAAAGAGGUGGAGCUGGAUAGCGAGAACGGGAAGCGCACUGUGAAAGUCGAUUUCUGGGACACAGCUGGACAGGAGCGAUUUUCUAGUAUGCAUCCGUCCUACUACUAUGGAGCGACAGCCUGCAUCCUGGUCUUCGACGUCACGCGGAAGGUGACGUACCAGAACUUAGCUAACUGGUACAAAGAACUUCGCGAGUACUGUGAGAACAUCCCGUGCUUCCUGGUCGCCAACAAAAUCGACGUCGACAUGAACGUGACCAGCAAAAAGUUCAAAUUUGCCGAGACGCACAAUCUCGAGUUCAGCUUUGUUUCUGCUGCGGACGGCACGAAUGUGGUCAAAGUAUUCAAAGAAGCUGUUCAAGCAGCCUGCAAAUUCAAGCAGGAGGGCGGCGAUUUCAUGUCAGACGUACUUGACCUCCUUGGAGAGAAAUAAAGUACGUUCCUUUAUCUAGGGACACGGUUCGGGGGGUGGAAGAGGUUCUGUUUCGAACUGACACCUUGCACAUGCUGUUUUCAAGCAGACUGACCUCGCCUAACAAACUUUGCCUAACAAACCUUGCAAGAUUUUAACUCAAGUUUUCAACACAUUUCAUCAGGCACAGAGCGAGAAUCAUGCCGAUAGAAUAUCGUUAACCACCAGCGAGGCGAUUGUGUUUCUCUGCAACUAUCAGCAUUGCCAACAUCUAUACGCUAUGAUCCAUGAGUGCUCCAAUGCCCCAUCCUGACGCCAAGUAUACUGCAAUUGAAAGUUUACAUCAGCAACAAUUGUGCAUCACAGAAACCUGCGGGAAGUGCUAUGCCACUAACUAUACUCUAAGCUAGAGAACAGCACGAAACGCUGAAACCUGUGCAUCCACUGGAAGGGGAUGGCCACCAUUGUUCUUGCUGACUAUCUUGGAGGAAGCAGUCUGUAGAUUCAUAUAUAACACACUCAUCACUUCUGUAAGUGUAGCUUACCACGUCAUUCGUCUCAAUUCAGCUCUAAUGCCAU